AUGUAUAGACAAAUACCUUUAUCUGUUGCGUUCAGUAGUGAAAACCCUGACGUCAAAAUAAAGGGGAACAAAGUAACGUUUAAGUUUCCAACAGACUGGAUUAUGAACAUAAAUGAAGAGAAGUACAUUGGCAUAACAUCUAUGUAUAUAACACGUGCUUUCAGAAAGGUUGACUUUAUACUUCAAGUCGAGAUAGAAAAUGACGAACAGUCUUUAAGCGCCCAAAACAUUCACAUAUACAAAUACUUUAAAGACGAUACAACAUUGCAACAAUGUAUGACUUCAUUUAAUGAGAUGUUCGAGAAAAAGUUUAACAUUGAAGUACAAACUUUACAGCCUUUACGUGAGUUUCUUGCACAACUGAAAGAAGAAGGUAGUCAGCCACAACUUAUAGACUUUCAUUAUGAAUUUAAUGAAAAUGAAGAUGGAACACAUGACUGUCAGUUUGUUGUAUUCUCACCAUUCAAUGAAGUCGCUAAAGAGAAAGAAAAUCCAUUACGUAUAAGAUUUCAAAUCUCUGAACCAAGUGAUGAUUUCAAAAAAUGA